CGGGCGGGGCAGGCAGCAGCCGGCGGGGCGCUGAGGAGAGGGCUGGGGGGGCCGGCGGCGCUAGCAGCGAUGGCCUCUCUCGUCAAGAAAAUAAUUAGCACUGCGAAGGCCCCUGCUGCGCUGGGUCCCUACAGCCAAGCAGUACUGGUAGACCGGACGAUGUACAUUGCAGGACAGAUAGGUAUAGAACCUUCCACUGGGCAGCUUGUCUCUGGAGGGGCAAAGGAAGAAGCUAAGCAGGCUCUAAAAAACAUGGGAGAAAUCCUGAAAGCUGCAGGCUGUGACUAUGGCAAUGUUGUGAAGACUACAGUUUUGAUGGCUGACAUGAAGGACUUCAAUGAUAUUAAUGAUAUUUACAAACAAUUUUUCAAGACAAACUUCCCAGCCAGAGCAGCCUAUCAGGUUGCUGCUUUGCCAAAAGGUGCCCGAGUUGAGAUUGAAGCUAUUGCCAUUCAGGGACCCCUCCAAGAUGCUUCAGCCUGACUAUAGAGACUGAAUAUCGUACGACAGCAGUUUUAGAUUUAAUACUUCUCUCUUACAAUUAACUAUCAGAUGUUACAUACAGUUGAAAUCACUAAACUUAUCGAGGAAAGGUGCUUUCUUCUGGAUUGUGGCCUUGGAUUCUCUAAAAUAUAGGCUUGCAGUGAGUUCUAUGCAGGCAAACCCUGAAACCUCCAGGAUCCCUGCUAAAAUCAGCCAAGCUUGAUUGCAGGACAGGGCCCUUACUUUGGAUAUGCAGAUACUAAGUACAAGUUUGGGUCAACGUAUGACAGUUAUACUUUGGGUGAUCUGGGCAUGGAAAACUAAUGAUUUGUAAUAGUAGGUUUUUAGUAAAAAUUUUAAGUGAGAGAAAAUAAAAAUGGGAAAACAGCAGAACACUUGAAUUGCUUAGCUUACAUUUUUACUUCUGUGUUUUGGGAAUUUUGUUUCUGAACUAUCUCAAACUCUUCACAGAAUAGAUUACUGUUGGGACUCACAUUUUUUUUCAUAUGGAAGCAAUUGCUUGAAGUUAACAUUAAUAUUAGAAAUAAGAAAACUAUGCUUUUCUGAAAUAAAGUGCUAACUUUAUAAAUAAGCUGUAAAUGAAUCUCUACCUGUAACCUUUUUCAUAAUCUUUUUCAUAGUAGUUCAACUUUUAUUAUAUUUUGAUUUAAAGAAACAACAACAAAAAAAAUCACAAAAAAUACUAUUUAAUGAGAAUAAAUUAUAAUUGCAUCUGUAAAA